UAAUUUGUUUGUGGACGUUUAUGUGCUCUUUCUGCUAUGCCGUGAUCGGCCUCCGUAGAAUUUCUAGCCGGUUACGUGAAGGGUUGCUUGCAGCCGUAAAAAUAGCGUCCAGCCGAAAAUCAGGCUAGCCGAAAAUCCGGCCCGAAUUUCGUGCCAAUUUCAGCNUUGGUUGUCUAGCGGAUACGGUAGAUUAGCACCCAGCAGGGCAGUGACAGCGCUGUGCCACCUCCUUAGCCUCCCUCCUCCUUGGUCGGAGAAAAGUACUGAAACAUCAUGGACAGAUUCGAAUGGGGCAGUGGAAACAUGCUGCAGGGAGAGACACAAGUGAAGCAGCAGCAUGGAGUACGACUUCACGAUGGAUCAGACAAGACUGCUUUUGACCGAGGCAUCAUCACGCUAACAACCCAUCGCAUGAUAUGGACAAACUCAGUUCAACAGACCACAAUUAUAUGCUUACCUUUGUCUCUGGUUGUGUAUGCCGAAGAAGUCCCUCAAGGUAGAGGAAAGAGCCCUCAGAUAGCCUGUCAUCUGUACCCUUCCCCACCUGACAAGCCCCCAGGCCCGGUCAUGAUGAGUGGUCAUUCCUACAUCCAACUCACUUUCAAGGAGGCAGGCGAGACAGAGUUUUUCAGAUGCCUCACCGAGGAACUGUCCAGAAAGCGUUGGGAAUACAUGCCCGCACCAAAAGCCGCUGGAAAGCCUAGAGCGAUCCAUGCUGGUAUCGUUGGCAUCGAGAGGAACCUUGAGAAAAAGUGGAGGGACACUGAUGAAAACAUAUCCAAGGCCUUUGAAGAUCUAAACAAGUUAAUGACAAAGGCUAAGGAAAUGGUUGAUUUGUCCCGAACAAUAGCCAACAAGAUCAAAGACAAGCAAGGAAAUAUCACUGAGGAUGAGACAGUACAAUUCAAGUCUUACCUGUUGAGCUUGGGCAUAGCCAACCCUGUCACCAGAGAGACCCACGGCACAGGUACCAAAUACCAUGAGGAACUAGCUAAGCAGCUGGCAGAUGUACUAACCAAACCAAUAGAGGAGAGUGGUGGAAUGAUGGCAUUGUCUGAUGUGUACUGCAGAAUCAACAGAGCACGGGGAAUGGAGCUGCUUUCUCCCGAUGAUCUGGUUGCCGCCUGCCAGCAGUUUGAGGCCCUUAGGCUGCCCCUCAGGCUGCGGGUUUUUAGCAGUGGUGUCAUGGUGAUUGAACUGGUCUCCAAGGGAGAGGAAGCCAUCAUCAGACAGACAGCUGAACUGCUCGGAGAAAAGACAUCUCUGAGCCCAGAUGAGCUUUCCCAAAGUGCCGGCAUCUCCAUUCUACUGGCUAAAGGAAGGUUGUUGGCCACCGAGGAGGCAGGACAAGCAUGCCGGGAUGAAUCUGUCGAGGGGAUCCGAUUCUUUCCAAACCUGUUUCUCAAUCCGCCGACCAGAUGAUCUUUCCACUUGCGUUUUUGACUGGUGAUUAUCUGGCAGUGGUUCUUUGCAGCUCUUAAAUCUGUUUAUAUGAAAAAUGGCUGUGUGUGGCAUAUCAACCCCUGCAUUGAAAACGCUGGUAUUGUUUCUUAGAAAGUAGAAAAACCAAAUAUGAACACUGGGGCUGUGUGGCCAAUAGCCUGUCUGUUAGUGAUGUGAGAAGUCUUUAUAAUUUAAGCUCCCAAUAUAAGUUGUGCAUGUACUGUAAUCCAAUGGAUGUGCAGUCGGUCUGAUGUCUAACUCUAGGUACUUUUAAUCAUGCACUCUUUGGGACCCUUUCUCUAAACUCAGUCCUAGGACUCUGUUUAGUCAUUGUCUCAUAUAACUUAUUAUCACUUCGCACUUCCGUCAGCCAAACGUACUGGUUGUCAUCAAAAACAGAUAAAUACUUUUUACCAACAAACUACAAGCAAGCUUUCUCCUGAAAGGUAUGUCUCAUAAAGAUGUCCACGAUUAGCCCGAUAAAGUUUCAGUGUGGACUGGAUCCAGUUAAUAAAAAAAAGGAAAGGCCUGUGGUACAAGGAGUUUUAAAAAAGAUUAAUUCAGAUUUGAAUUUAGUCAAAACAGUGCUACAUCAAUGAGGUGGAAUCUUUUUUUAAGAAACAAUCUCGUUUUAAUCAGCUGGGCAGCUUUCUGUUCUCCCCUCAGACACUGCCCCACCUGCUUAUGUAGGGGGCUGGUUACAUUUUCCAAGCCGUGGGGAAGGGAAAUCAGUCACAAUCAUGGUGAACAACCGGCUUAGUGCACCCAACCUAUGCACAUCAGGGUAUGGUCAGGGAUUAUCACUUGAAGUUUGCCCAUAUCUUGGAUUGGACAUUCCUGUGGGGACAUUCCAGCAAGAAGCUUCAGAGGCAUGUAACUAUAGCCAAUGCAUUUCAUACUGAGACAUGUCCCCCAACUCUCCAAGGAUCAUGUUGGAAAUUGUGAUAACCAAAGAGAUGUGGAGUUUUGGCUUUGUGGACGAAUAAAAUAUAUCAUGUUCAAUUUA